AUCAGGAAUAUUAGGCCUUAGUUACUUCGGGCCCAAGUAUAUAUACGCUGGCUAGUCAUCGUCUCGUCGUUGCUCGAAACUUCGAACUGUAGAAACACUCCGCCGAGCGAUCACCUUUCAACAAUCAGCACCCCUUUCCUCUACCAGAAUAGCAUUCGAUCAAGCAGAAAGUACUGAUGAUGAAGGAGGCCAUUGACAAGAACGCACCACCAAAGCCCUCUCCUCGGAAGAUUUUGGGAACCAACACGCUCCAACUCACCCCAGACGAUGCGUCACGCCUAGUCGGUGGGAUAGUCGAAAAGGGAUUCUCAGAACAACCUCAAAACAGGCCUGUUGGUCCUUAUUCAGCCCCUAACCCCACCGUUCUUCCGUUUCCGGUGGCCCGUCACCGCUCUCACGGCCCGCAUUGGACUCCAAAGGGAAACUAUUCUAGUGUUGGUCAUGAUGAAGAUGAAGAUGAAGGCGAAGAUGAACACUUCACGGAUAUUGACCCCGUUGCGGCUUUUGCUAAUCCAGUACAAAGGAAAGAGAAGAAAGGUUUGGACUUUGGAAGGUGGAGAGACCUAAUGACAAGUGAUACUACUUCCAUAUCUCGCAAAGAAAGAGAAAAUAGGCAAUUACCGGAAUCCAAAAGGCAACAUGUAGUUAGUGAAGCAACUGAAAUUAUAAGAAACACAAAUCUGCAUAUUGGUUCCGAAAAUGGUGUCCAAUCACAGAGAAGGUCACCUAAUGAUGAUGCAAGAACACAGGCGGUGAAAGUGGACGGCAUAGACCUUGCAACUUUGGAAGGGGUACAAAAGCAUGAGCAAGACAUUUCAGCUAUGGCCAUUGAUGGUGAUAAAAGUAACUUAAAAAAUGGGAUUGCCAAAACGCAAAAAGAGAUUAUGGAGGAGAUGGAAUUUGGAUUGCUGGAGGAGUCAAGAAAAGAAAUGUUAGUGGGCACAGCGACACAACACAUGCCAACAUCCCAUACAACUUCAAGUUCUAGUUUUGGCAACCUGAUAGAUGAAUCAGGAGCCAUGAGUCUGGAGAGUCAAAUUGAUGCUGAGAAUAGUGCUCGAUUGGAGAGAAUGUCAACUGAUGAGAUUGCAGAAGCACGGGAUGAGAUUAUGACGAGGAUGAAUCCUGCACUGGUAAUGGCAUUAAAAAGGCGGGGUCAAGAAAAAAUGAGAAAGCAAAAAUGCUCCAGUUCAGAGAUGACUGCAAGUGUUGGAGGGGAUAUGUUGCAGAAUGAUCAAAAUUUGACUAAUGCAUCCAUAGUUUCAAAGAGUGGUACACCUCUUAAAGUGACAACAUCUGACACAAAAGAUACACAGAGGGAAUUAAAUAAGAACAUUGUGCAGAAAUCGAGCACAGGUAGUAGCAGUUUGUGGGAUGCUUGGAGUAGAAGAGUUGAGGCUGUCAGGGAAUUAAGGUUUUCCCUGGAUGGGGAUGUCAUUCGAAGUGAUUUCUCUCAGUUAUCAAAGACUGGUAGUAUAUCUGCUUGCAGUGGUUAUAGUACUGAUAAUGUUUCUGAGCGCGAUUUCCUUCGAACUGAAGGCAACCCUGGUGCUGCUGGUUACACUAUCAAAGAGGCAGCAGCUCUCACUAGGAGCGUGGUUCCUGGGCAACGGGCCCUUGCAUUGCAUCUUCUUGCAUCUGUGCUUGAUAAGGCAUUAUGCAACAUUUGCCAAAAUCCAGUUGGAUAUACCCUGAGAUAUGCUGACACUGGCAGUUCUAUUGAUUGGGAGGCUAUAUGGGCUUUUGCGCUAGGCCCAGAACCUGAGCUUGCUUUAUCAUUGAGGAUGUCCCUAGAUGAUAACCACAAUUCUGUGGUUUUAGCUUGUGCCAAAGUCAUUCAGUGCAUAUUGGGCUGUGACAUUAAUGAGCACUUCUUUGAUAUCUCAGAGAAAAUAGCAACUUAUCAGAAAGAUGUCUGCACUGCUCCCAUAUUUAGAAGUAGACCGGAGAUUGAUGUUGGCUUCCUUCAAGGUGGCUUUUGGAAGUACAACGCUAAACCUUCCAAUAUAUUUCCUUUUGGUGAGGGUGCCUCAGAUGACAAUGCUGAAGGUGAACACACGAUUCAGGAUGAUAUUGUCGUUGCUGGACAGGAUAUUGCUGCAGGUUUGGUUAGGAUGGGAAUUCUUCCAAGAAUUUGCUAUCUGUUGGAGACAGACCCUUCGGCAGCUUUGGAAGAAAGCAUUAUUUCUAUCCUGAUUGCGAUAGCAAGGCAUUCCCCGACAUGCUCGGAGGCAAUCAUGAAUUGCCAAAGGCUCGUUCAAACAAUUGUUGACAGGUUUACUAUGAAAGACCAAAUGGAAUUUUAUCUUUCUAAGAUAAAGUCAGUGACACUUUUAAAAGCGUUGGCUCGGUCUGAGAAGAAGAAUCUUAUGGAGUUUGUAGAUAAUGGGAUUUUUCAGAAGGUGACAUGGCAUUUGUACCGAUAUGCAUUCUCCCCUGAUCACUGGGUAAAGUUGGGAAGGGAAAAUUGUAAACUUUCGUCAGCUUUGCUGGUUGAACAAUUACGUUUUUGGAAGGUCUGCAUUCAGUAUGGGCAUUGUGUGUCUUACUUCUCAGAUCUAUUCCCUGCUCUCAGCAUUUGGCUGGAUGUGCCUUCAUUUGAAAAACUCAUUGAAUAUGACAUCCUUAAUGAAUUUGCUGCUAUCACCAAGGAAGCAUACCUUGUUCUGGAGGCUUUAACUAGAAGACUUCCAAACUUUUAUUCACAUAUCAAUCUGAGAAGUCAAACAGCUGAGGUUCCCGGUAUAGAUCAGGAAACUUGGUGUUGGGGCCAUGUCGGACCGAUUGUUGAUUUAGCUCUAAAGUGGACAGCAUUGAAUAGUGACCCGUACAUAUCAAAAUUCAUUGGCUGGCAAAAAGUCAUUAACAGCAAGUCUGUAGUGCCGGAUUUAGCUUUAAAUUCCAUAUUAUGGGUGCUUUCUGCAGUCAUGCACAUGCUUUCCAGUUUGCUCAAAGUUGUGAUCCCUGAGGAUAUCUCCACCCUACAUGGUGGGCAUGUGCCAUGGCUACCAGACUUUGUCCCUAAGAUUGGACUUCAAAUUAUUAAGAAUGGAUUUUUGAACUUCUCAGGGGUAAAUGGUACAGAACAUAGUAAGGAUUUUGCUGGCGGUGCCUCUUUCCUUGAGCAUUUGUGUGAUUUGAGACAUCAAAGGGAACAUGAAACCUCUAUAGCUUCUGUAUGUUGUCUUCAUGGGUUAGUUCAGGUGGUUGUUUCUGUUGACGAGUUGAUUCGGCUAGCUAACACGCAGACUCAUACACCUUCCCAUUGUCACAUCCCAACAGACGAUGAAAUACUUUCCAAUGGGAUACUCGAGUCCUCUAUUCCUGAAUUGGGAAAUGUGGUCACUACUUUCACGAGUUUAAUUGCUUCUGAGUGGCAGCAUGUGCAGUCCACUGAGAUGUUCGGGAGAGGUGGCCCUGCUCCAGGGGUCGGUGUGGGUUGGGGUGCAUCCGGUGGAGGGUUUUGGUCCACAACUAUUUUGUUGGCUCAAAUGGAUGCAAGUUUGUUCAUUCACUUGCUUGAAGUUAGUAAGUUUUUUCCUGCAAAAGGUUUGUCUGCUGUUGAAGAGAUAAGAUUUGUACUGGAAAGGAUAUGUUCGGCUUUGGAAGUAUGUUUAAUUGUGGGACCAAGGGAGAAAUUUAUAAUGGAUAAGGUGUUGGAUAUCUUGAACCAAGUCCCUGUUCUAAAGUAUCUGGAUAUUUCUAUUCGUCGUUUUCUCCAUCUUAAUGCAGGAUUCAAGUUAUUUGAAUGGGAAUAUAAAGAAGAGGACUACCUCCACUUUUGCACUGUUUUAGCUUCACAUUUCAGAAAUAGGUGGCUCUCUGUAAAGAAGAAGGUCAAAGCUGAGGGUAAGAAUUGGUGUGUCGACCACAAAACUUUAAAUGGCAGUGUUUCCCUGGACACCAUUCAAGAGGACGUGGAAGUCUCAACUAUGACCAAUCAAGGGCAUUGUUCAACUUCUUUGGUGGUGGAGUGGGCUCAUCAGAGACUGCCGCUGCCCCCACAUUGGUUUCUCAGCCCAAUCUCAACCAUCAACCCUUCUGAUUUUCAGGAAGUUGCUAAAGCUGGGCUGUUCUUUCUUUUAGGCAUUGAAACAAUUUCUACUUUCUUUCCUUCUGAGUUCCACUCCUCCGUUCAGAGGGUACCAGUGAUUUGGAAAUUGCAUGCUUUAUCUGUAAUUUUCCUUGGUGGAAUGGGAGUGCUUCAAGAGGAGAAGAGCAGGGAUGUACUUGAAACACUGCAAGAGGUCUAUGGGCAGAUUCUUGAUAACUCAAGGUUUCCAGAAACUGGAGAAAAAUAUAGAGUGGAGUUCCUGAAUUUUCAAUCAGAGAUACAUGAGAGUUACUCCACAUUUAUGGAAACUCUUGUGGAACAGUUUGCUGCAGUAUCUUAUGGUGACAUGAUAUAUGGACGGCAAGUCGCAAUCUAUCUACAACCCUGCGUCGAAUCUUCUGUACGACUAUCCGCUUGGAAUGCUUUAUUUAAUGCUCGUGCUCUUGAACUUUUGCCUCCUUUAGACAAAUGCAUUGGCAAGGUUGAAGGGUACCUUGAACCUGUUGAGGAUGAUGAGAGGGUUUUGGAAGCUUAUGCGAAAUCGUGGGUUUGUGGUGCUCUUGACAAAGCAGCAACUCGAGGAUCAGUCGCAUACACAUUGGUUCUGCACCACAUGUCAUCUUUUAUUUUUGGCAAUUACACCAGUGAUAAAAUAUUGCUGCGAAAUAAGCUUGCCAAAUCCCUCCUGCGAGAUUACUCUUGUAAGCAGCAACACAAGUGCAUGAUGGUGGAUCUUAUCCGAUACAAGAUGGACCCCACAUUUCAGAAGUCUGGACAAGAGGAAGUUUUGUCACUGCAGAUGUCCCAAUUAGAAGAAAGAUUCAAGUUAUUGAAAGAGGCUUGUGAGGGGAAUUCCUCGCUUUUGAGUGAAGCGGAAAAGCUAGAGUCCUCUUGUAAAAAUAGUAUGGCUUAACCAGGGACAUGCCUGUAUACAUAAAGCUAAUCCAUACCGUGUUUAGUGCUCAUGAAUCUAAUGUAACGGAAAAUGAAAAUGGCUCAUUUUUGUUCUGGAAGUUUUCCGUAAUAAUUGUAAAGAACUAAUAUGUAAUAUUAGGGACUUAAACAAAACUUGGGUUUACCAUGUGGUGGAUCUUCCAACCUUGCUAAAGCUUCUGCAUGAAUUACUGUUUGUUUAUUGGUGCUUGUACAUGAUUAAACCAUCUU